CUCACAGGUGUAAACAUGGCGCAGGUGUGGAGGAGCCGGAGCCGUUACUUUCUGACUGUCGGUCACAACUGAAUGCUGAGCAUCGUUCAGUAUUUAAGGUGCACAUUGCUGUCCUGUCUGCUGUUGCACAUUACAGUAGAAGAUAGACGUGAAUCCAGAAUGGCUGCGACUCUCGUCUUGCUGCUGGCAGUGUCCACCCUGCUAACUUCGGGGGUCGAAAUGAUGAAGCAUGACCUUGUAUUUCUGGAAGUGGAAUCAGGAGGUUGUAUAGAAAAUGUGUCUAAAAUUUUUCAAAACAAGUCAAUGAUACCCGGAGAAGUUUCUGGACAGGUGAUCGGAACCUCUAAAUUCUUUGCAGUCCUCAGAGAACAAGACCUUGGCAGGAUGAACUUGAAAGAUGUGAAGGAAGUCACCCCUGUGACUAAACUGGAGGACUGGGUGCAAAACUGGAAUGCAUCAUGGACUAUUCAUCGAGACUUAAACGAGACAGAUCUCUGGUUGUAUAAAGUAUCUCCUAGUCCUAAAGGGAAAACUCUCCAGCAGUACGAUAACCAGGUGAGACAUGGUGUCAGGAUUGCUGCACCUGUAAUGGAGAACUUUCCCAACUACAUUCUCCUCUCGAAAGGCACCUUUCCACCGAAGUACUACAUUUUCGUCAACAAGAAAAAAGAGUUUCCCGAAGAUUUCAGAAAUAUCCUGAACAUUUUUGGAGGGCCUGGAGAGGUUAAGGUGGAGCCUCUAUACGUCCGAAUUCUGAUCAGGUGGCAGUAAUGUUCACUGACCAACAGCCACGUGCAGCUGCAGACUCCAGUGUUCACAGCUGUGUUCAGUUGACAAAACUUUGCUUUCCUGUUCUUGUAAAUCAUUGUGCGACUUAGUCCUGUAUUGAACUGUACCGAAAAUUAAAGCAAUGUUAAGGUUCUCUA